AUGGAUGAUGUUCUCAUCGCCAACCUACCUAAGAAGCUCCUACGAUCAGCCUUGCGAACAUUAAUCUCACAAGGAUCGGUUACUCAGCAGCCAUUCGUGCAACAUAUCAGGGAGCACCUGACACGAUCCCCACCUGAACUCACUCCUCCAUCAUCUCUGUUCCCAGUCUCUGAUGAGUUGUCAGUCGAAUGCAACCAGUAUCUUGAGAUUACGAGGUGCAUUUUCUCAUCGAAACUUUCGGAGCAAUCGUUGACUUAUCUCACUCACUUCUUAUCAUCAAUCACAGAAGGCAAUGCCAAAUGGUCUCAAGGCUCAGACCUAGAGGCAGCCUUUCGGACUUUCGGUGGCGACGUGGUUCAAGCAGCGCAGGCUCUGAAAGAAGCCAAACCCGAUAUAACAGAAAGCUUGAAAACGAAACUCCUCAAUCUUUUGGCUUCCUUCCGCAACUGUAAGGAAUAUUGCCAAACAUCAGAUCUACCGUAUCUCUUCGCUCGCGCCGAAAGACAGGUUCAAGAUGUCUUUACUUUCUUCUUUUCGGAAGUGCCACCAGACACACUACCAAACAGGCUUCUGCAAAUCAACGUCGCAAAAGCAGCAUCUCCAAACUCUAUGAUUGAAAAGUUCAAACUAGGGCUUCACGAAGUGCCCCGUCUCUUUAAUGGGUUCUGGCAGUUAUCUUCACCAGCCUGGGGGUCCGGUACUUCAGAUACCCAAGAAGCAGCGCUUAUUCAACUUGUGGAAUCCGGCUUGAUCGCGGCAGACAUGGCAGAUCACUACGGCGAUGCUGAGUUGAUCUAUGGCGAUUUCCGGCAGCGACUACCACCAGAUAUCAAGGAUACAAUCUAUGCCGCGACGAAAUGGUGUAUAUUCAGCGCCGUCAAGCAGACUAUCAGCCGUGACUGGGUUCUUGCUGCAGUUAAAGAACGUAGCCGACGACUCAGUGGAAGGGUUGAGCUUCUGCAGUUCCACUGGUAUGAUUACUCCUCAAAAGAGUAUCUAACCAUUCUGAAAGAGUUGAUACUGAUCAGCAAGGAUCACCCUGAGCUGCUUUCUUCCGUGGGGCUUUGUAACUUUGACUCAGACCACGUCGUAGAAGUGUGUCAGUAUCUUCUUGACAAGACAGGAUCUGUCGGAAUAGUAUCAAAUCAGGUGCAGUUCUCUAUUUUCGAUUCUCGACCGCUUCAGAAGAUGUCGGCUAUUUGCUCCAAGUAUGGCUUGAAACUUCUAACAUACGGUUCCUUUUCGGGUGGGUUCAUCUCUGAGAAAUGGCUUGGAGUACCUGCUCCGGAGGUUUAUUCAGAGGGCCAGCACUUGACUCCUUCUCAACGCAAGUAUCUCGACAUCAUAAACUUAUGGGGGCAAUGGGAGGAGUUCCAAUCACUGCUUGGGACGCUGAAAGCCAUUGCUAGUAACAGGAGUGUGAGCUUGACCAAUGUGGCAACUCGUUGGGUCCUACAACAACCUGCUGUUGGCGCAGUCAUUGUUGGGACUAGGCUCGGUGUGACUGCGCACAGUGGCGAUAAUGUCAACGUGUUCACGUUCCGGUUGAGUGAGGAUGAGAUGAAAGAAAUCAACCGCGUCGCACUUGGUCCUGGCAAUAGCAAAUGUUUGGCUAUGUUCCAAAGGCUUGGUGAUUGCGGGAACGAAUACAGAGCAAUGCAUUAA